UUUCUAUUUUAAACUUGCAAUAAACUUUACAUAUAAUCCCCCAUUGAAGAAGUUGAAAAAUCGAGAUGGCAAACCAAAUCCUGCUAUUGACUACUUUCCUAGCCAUGACAUGUUCUCUGGUCGUUGCUUUCGAGCCUAGUCCGUUGCAGGAUUUCUGUGUUGCUGAUGCAACUAGCUCAGGAACAAGAGUGAAUGGGCUACCUUGCUUGGACUCCAAGCUAGCAACAGCUGAGCAUUUCUCCUUCAGUGGACUUCAUAUCCCAGGCAACACCUCAAACCCUGUUGGUGGAAAAGUUACCCCCGUCAAUGUGGCUCAAAUUCCAGGACUCAACACCCUUGGCAUCUCACUCGCUCGCAUUGACUACGCACCAAUGGGCGUCAUCCCACCCCACACUCAUCCCCGUGCCACUGAGAUUUUAACCGUCUUAGAAGGCAGCCUCGAUGUUGGCUUCGUGACCUCAAACCCCGACAACAAGCUCAUCUCAAAGGUCCUUAACAAGGGUGAUGCGUUUGUGUUCCCUGUCGGACUAGUUCACUAUCAGAAAAAUGUGGGCACUGGAAUGGCCAUUUCACUCUCUUCUUUGAGCAGCCAAAACCCUGGAGUCAACACCAUUGCAAAUGCUGUGUUUGGAUCCAAUCCCGCAAUUCCUGAGGAUGUUUUGGCCAAGUCUUUCCAGGUGGACAAAUCUGUAAUUCGUGAUCUUCAAGCAAAAUUUUAGAUGUUUUUCAUGGAAAUAGUUUAUGAUAUUUCAUAUCAUCUCUCCGUCUAUUUUGUGAUUUUCGCAUGUUUGUAAAAGUAUUGUACUGAAAUCACCUGAAAUCGAAUGGUUUUAUAUGAAAUUCCUCAGUAUCUGGGUGCCCCUUGUG